CCUGUCCAUGUAAAAGAUAUAAAACCUUCCUCUUCUCCUGGGCGGCCCUCACUCCCUGAUACUUUCGACACCAAAGUCGAGCCCACUGUCGAGCCUGCUGGUCCUAGUCACAAGCCUAUGCCCGAGAACCCAGCUCAAGUUGCAAAGAGGACUCCACUCAGUGCCUUCCAAGUACUCAUGUCUGAGAAACGCGCGCUUCCAUGGCUAAACUCACCUCCCGACGACAUGUAUAUGAUUAGACACGGUAUUGGCGGAACCAAAGACGUUCCGAAAAUCUCAUUCGAAGUUGUUGGGUCGACUGGCAACAUCUACAGAACCAUCAUUGGCAAAGUGCCCACCUGUGACUGUCCAGAUGUCAGAUUCCGGAAGGUGCAGUGUAAGCACAUGUGCUUUGUCCUAUCCGCGAUGAAUGUUAUUGGAGAAUUGAGGUACCAGCGCUCAUUUUUGCCAUCUGAACUACGCGAGAUGCUUGCUACGUUAUCCUUGAAACGAAAACUGAAUACCACCGCCCUUACUUCCACCGGAGACAGGAAGCCAAUCGAGGGCGAAUGCCCAAUUUGUUUCUACGACUUCAAACCUAACGAGAAAACCACUUGGUGUCAGGACUGCGGCAGCAAUUUUCAUCAGGCCUGCUUCGGGAAAUGGGAAGCCACUAUGCAGGCAUCCAAUGAUGCUGUCCGUUGUCUCUACUGUCCAUCACACAUCUUGACCUAUGGCCCCCCAGAGGAACUCCUGCUAACAAUGUGCUUCUUGGACUGA